AUGAUCCAAGCUCCUUACUUUCCACGUGGAUUAAGUAAAGUUUUUCCAAAUCUCAAAGGAAUUCAACUUUAUAAAACUGGCCUAAAGGAAGUCCAUCAACAUGACUUGAUAGACUUUCCAAAUUUAUUAAAUCUUUUCUUGCAUGGAAAUCAAUUGGAAGUGCUGGAAAAAGGCUUAUUUGACUUUAAUCCACUUGUUCAAGAACUUUAUUUAAGUUACAAUAAAAUUUCGUACAUCGAUUUCGAUGCUUUUGCUAAGCUGACUAAACUUAGUUCUUUGGUCCUUAAUGGGAAUCUUUGCAUUAAUUUGUCAGCUGUAAAUACUCCAUCAAAUGUUGGGAAUGUCGUUGCAACAGCAAAAGCUCAAUGUACAUCAGCAGAGUAUUCAGCUUUAGAGCUUAAAGUUAAUAACCUUGAGAAUGAGUCAGCAAAUUUAACUUCCGUAGCUUUGAAGGAUAAACUUGACAUUUUGGAGAACGAAGUCAAAGUUUCGAAAUUUUCGAACACUUUUGCACGUCGAAUUCAAGAUUUGAGAGCUCUUCAAGCCAAAAAAGCACUCGAAGAAGCCACAACAACUACAACAACUACUACAACAACAACGCAAGCACCAACAACAACGACAAGAAGCAUAAAAUACGACGCAUGCUUAGCACUCGAACCGAAUUUCAACAUUUUAAGCCAAAAUAUCACAAGAAUUGAGGCAAUGUUAUCGGAAUUGAGUGCAACUGUGACUAAAGUUAAUGAAUUAAUUCAAAUAUUAAAGGAACUUCCUUGA